CCCCCCCCCCCACGCGCGCGCAAAUGACCACCGAGCCCGGCCCCCCUCCCGCCCCGGCGGAGGGCCACCCCUCGCCCCCCGCGCCGGCCCCCACCAAGGGUGACACCAGCCCCAGCAGCCCCGGCUCGCCGGACACCUCGGACGCGGCCUCCUCGCCGGACACCACCCCGCCGAUGGCCGGCGGGGCCGAGGCCCCCGGCACCGAGUCCAAGCCCCAGGCCGACCCGGAGGCCGGCGACGCGCCGAACGCCGCCAACUACGGCGAUGACAUCCCCCGGGGCUAUGUCAAUGCCCGCGGCGAGACCCCCUUCAACACGCGGAACUGGCUGUCCAAGAUGAUCUUCCUCUACGUGCAGCCGGUGAUCAUGAUCGGCCGCAAGCGGCCUCUGGACUUCGGCGACCUCUUCGAGCUGCCGGCCGCCGCGCAGGCCGAGCACCUGGCCGACUCGCUGGAAACCCUGUGGGCCGAGGAGCAGCGCCGGCACCCGGAUCGGCCGCUGCUGAUCCGGCCGCUGGUCCGGCACUUCCUGCCGCGCAUGCUGCUCGGGUCGCUCUUCCUGGCCAUCGAAAUCACCUUCAAGAUCGCGCAGGCCAUCUUCCUCCGGUACCUGAUCCUGUCCAUCGGCAGCCCGGCCUACACCACCACCGACAUCUACCUCUUCGCCCUGGGUGUGGUGCUCAGUGCCCUGGUUUUCGCCAUCAUCCACCACCACUACUUCUUCACGGUGCAGCGCGUUGGCGUGCAGGCCAAGUCGGCCCUCAUCACCCUGGUUUAUCGGAAGUCCCUGCGUUUGGCCCCGUCGGCCUCCUCCUCCGGGCAGGUGGUCAACCUGAUCUCCAAUGACGCCCAGCGCCUCGAGGAUGCCGGGCCCUUCUUCCUGUUCGGCUGGGGCGCCCCGGUCGAGGCGCUGGCCGUGCUGAUUGUCCUCUGGCUGGAAAUCGGCCCGUCGGUGCUCAUCGGCUAUGCCAUCCUGCUGAGUCUGCUCCCGCUGCAGGCCUGGUUCGCGCGGCUCUUCACCGGCAUCCGCCGUGGCCUGGUGGCCGCUCGUGACAACCGUGUCCGCGCUGUCGGCGACUCGCUCGAGGGCGUGUCCAUCCUCAAGCUCCUGGGCUGGGAGGGCCCCUUCGCCGAUCGCAUCAAGAUCCUCCGGCGCCUGGAGCUUUCCUGGCUGUGGAAGUCCUCGGCCAUUCGGGCCUCCAAUGAGGCCAUCUUCUUCGUGGCCCCGGUCCUCAUCAGUGUUUGCACUUUCAUCCCCUACGUGUACAUCACCGGGUCCCCGGCGCUCGGGGCCGAUGUGGUCUUCCCCACCAUUGCCCUGUACAAUGUCGUGCGCUUGUCCAUGACCAACUUCUUCCCGAAGGCCGUCGAGGGUGUGGCCGACUCGCUCGUCUCGGUCCGCCGUAUCCAGACCUUCCUCGAGUUGGAGGAGAUGCCCAGCGUGAAGCCGGCCGACAUGGCCGCCGGCGAGAUGGGCGCCUCGGAGGAUGGCCCCGCGGCCGUGUUCGAGAAUGCCUCCUUCGCAUGGCCCCUGCCACCGGCCGAGCUGCUGGCUGCCUCGAAGAAGGGCAGCGAGGAGGCCGCCGCCAGGGAGGCCGCCGCCACCGCCAACGAAGCCAAUGGCGACGCCGGUGACAGCCCGGUGUCCAUCCCCAUGAACAUCAUUGUCCCCUCGGGCGAGGACUCCAGCGGCCGACUGGCGCUCUGCCUGUCGGAUAUCUCCUUCACCCUGCCCCGGCGGCACUUGAUGAGUGUCAUCGGCCCGGUGGGCAGUGGCAAGUCCUCCCUGUGCAUGGCCCUUCUGGGAGAGAUUGCCCGGCUGAACGGGUCGGUCUCCAGCCUCCAGCGCAUGGCCUACUCGGCGCAAACCCCCUGGAUUUUGUCGGACACCAUCCGCGGGAACAUCACCUUCGGGCAGCCCUACUGCGCGGAGAAGUUCGCCCGGGUGGUGGAUGCCGCGUGCCUCGGGCCGGACCUGGCCCGCUGGCCGAGCGGCGCCAAUACCGUGGUCAGCGAGCGCGGCUCGACCCUGAGUGGCGGCCAGCGCGCUCGCAUCAGCCUGGCCCGUGCUCUCUACUUCGACGCGGACAUCUAUGUCCUGGAUGACCCGCUGUCGGCGGUGGAUGCGCGCGUUGGCCGGCGCAUGUUCGAGCGUGCCAUCCAGGGCUACCUCAAGGACAAGGCCGUGGUCCUGGUGACGCAUCAGUUGCAAUUCGCCGCCCGGGCGGACUCCAUCCUCCUGCUGGAGUCCGGCCGUGUGGCUGGCCAUGGCACCUUCGAAGAGGUGACCGCCCUGAAUACCCCCUUCGCGCGGUUCUUCGCCGGGUACAUGAGCCAGGUGCAUGGCGGCCCGGCGGCCGGGGCCGGCCCGACGGCCGGAGCCGCCUCCCGCCCGGACGACACCGAAUGGGCCACGGCCAUCUCCGAGGAGGAGCCCGGCCCGGCCGAUCAGAGUGCCAUCGCCUCCGAGGACCGCGUCGAGGGUGGUGUCACUUUCCACUCGUAUGCCGCCUACUACCGGUAUGCCGGCGGUUGGCUGGGCAUUUGGGUGCUGGUGCCGCUGCUGUUGCUGCUGGUUCUCGGCCAGGCCGGCAUGCUGGCCGCCGAUUGGUUCCUCUCCUACUGGACCAAUCCCCUGACCGGCGGGGCGUCCUCCCUGCUGGAGCACUUCCCGGCCAUCUUCGGCGGGAUUGCCGGCGUGGCGUCGCUCAUUUCCUUCACCCGGGCCUGGGCAUACUAUGGGCUGUCCAUUCGAGCCGGCCGGCGCAUCUUCGAGGAUAUGCUGACCUCGGUGCUCGGUGCGCCAUUGAGCUUCUUCACGGCCAACCCCCAUGGCCGGGUGUUGAAUCGCUUCUCCAAGGACCAGACCCUGUCGGAUGAGAUGUUCCCGGUGGUGUCCUUCGACUUCCUGCAGUGCUUUUGCAUGGUCAUCGGCUGUGUGGUCAUGAUUGGCAUUGUCAUCCCGUGGGUGCUGCUGGCGUUGAUCCCGAUCACGGUGCUCUUCUGGCUGUUGCGCACGCUCUUUGUCGGGUCUUCGCGUGAAAUCAAGCGUCUGGAUGCCCUGUCCCGGUCGCCGCUGUCCUCGCAUCUGUCCAUGACCCUGGACGGCCUGGCCACCAUUCGGUCCUUCGGCCGGGAGAACUCCUUCACCGAGGUCUUCCACCGGCGGCAGGAUGCCAACAUCCGUACGGUUUAUGCCUUCCUGUCGACCUCGCGCUGGUUCGCCGUUCGGCUGGAUCUGCUGUGUGCGGGGUUCCUGUGCGUGGCGGCCUUCGCCUCGGCGGCCAUUGCCUCCAGUGGUACCCUGGCCCCGAGUCUGGUGGGCUUGGGCCUGUCGUAUGUCAUGCAGAUGAUGGGCCUCUUCCAGUGGUGUGCCCGUCAGUCGGCCGAGGUGGAGAACCUCAUGGUGUCGGUCGAGCGCCUGGUCCAGUAUACGGCCCUGCCGAGUGAGGCCCCUCUGCGGGUGGAUGCCACCCGGCCGCCGGCCGAUUGGCCCACUCGCGGGGAGAUCACCCUGCGUGGCAUGAGUCUCCGGUAUAACCCGGCCGCGGAUCCGGUUCUCCGGGACCUGCAUCUGACCAUCCCCGGUGGGGCCAAGGUCGGCAUUGUCGGUCGCACUGGCGCCGGCAAGUCCUCCAUGGCGUUGGCGCUCUUCCGCAUGGUGGAGCCGACCGCCGGCACGGUGUUCAUCGAUGGGGUCAGCACCACGGAGCUGGGUCUGCAUGAUCUGCGCCUGCGAUUGGCCAUCAUUCCCCAGGAGCCGUUCCUCUUCCGGGGGACCAUUCGCUUCAAUUUGGACCCCUUCGAUGAGCAUACUGAUGCCGCCAUUUGGGAGGCCCUCCGGUCGAGCGAGCUUUUCACCAGUGUCUCGGAGAUGCCGGGCGGCCUGCAUGCCCCGGUGGCGGAGAAUGGGUCCAACUUCUCGACCGGCGAGCGCCAGCUCCUGUGCCUGGCUCGGGCGGUUUUGCGCCGGGCUCGGGUCAUUGUCCUGGACGAGUGCACGGCCAAUGUCGACGCCAAUACCGACUCCCUCAUCCAGAAGGCCAUGCGUCAGUCCUUCGGCUCGAGCACCGUCAUCGCCGUGGCUCAUCGUCUGUCCACGGUGGCCGACUACGACUACAUCCUGGUCCUGGACCGCGGCCAGAUCCUGGAGUUCGGCCCGCCGCGCAAGCUGCUCGAGGAUAAUGAUGGUGCUCUCAGUCGUCUCGUUGAGGAGACCGGCCCGGCCAUGGCCAGCCAGCUGAAGCGUGUCAUGCGCGGUGAGAUGGACCUUUCGGAGAUGGAUGUCUCGCUGGAUGAGUCGCAGAAGAAGGAUGCCGGCACCGUGAUUUCUGCCGAGACCGCGGCGCUCGCAGCUGUGACUGCGUCGGCCACCGCGGCCGCGUUGUCGACUCCGGGCAUUGAUGCCAGCUUGACUGCCGAGUUGGUUGAGUCCAGCGAGGAGGAGAAGCAGGCUGAGGUUGAUGCUGAGCCUGAGACUGAUGGUGACGCCGGUGCUGAGGCUGAGGCUGAGGCUGAGGCUGAGGCUGAGGCUGAGGCUGAGGCUGAGGCUGAGGCUGAGGUUGAGGCUGAGGUUGAGGUUGAGCCUGAGCCUGAACCUGAGCCUGAACCCGAGCCCGAGCCCGAGCCCGAGCCCGAGCCCGAGCCCGAGCCCGAGCCUGAGCCCGAGCCCGAGCCUGAUACUGAGCCCGAGCCUGAGCCCGAGCCUGAGCCUGAGCCUGAGUCUGAGCCCGAGCCCGAGCCUGAAUCCAGCUCCAACACCGAGUCCAGCUCCGAGUCCAGUUCCGAGUCCGGCACUGAGUCUGACACCGACUCCGACUCCGACUCAUAUUCCAGCUCGGACUCCGGCACCGAGAGCGACGACUGA